GGUGCAAACGUCAGUAUGCUAUCAAGAUACAGCUCAAAGGACAAGAUACUCAUGUGUCUUCUAAAUGAAGUACAUUUAUUGUGUUGCCUAAAACAUCAAAUCACCCAUGUUUGUUAGGCAUGUUUGAGAGAACGAAUCCUGGAACAGGAGCUCAGACACCUGUAGAUAUAGAUUACCGAUCACACCAACCCCACUCAGGCGUCAGCCAUCACUUCCAGAGAGAGGAAUCUUGUUUCCCUCCACCUCUCCUCUCCGUACAUGAGCCUCUGGCCACACGAUGAGUCGCGCGGAACAGCAGCAGCAUCAGCACCACAAGCAGAAGCGCCGCGAGACGCACCGUCUGUGUCCGGGUGACGCGAGGAGGACGAGGUGAUCCGAGUAUUUGAUCGAAUAAGAGGGGGAGGAAGAGGAGGGAGGAGGACAGCGAGGAAGGAGGAGGAAAUCCCGCGAGAAAAGAAGAGACAGAUAGACAGACACAUAGGCGCACAGAGCAGAGGGAGAGCGAAACCGUCGCACGUGAGGUGCGCGAGAAGAGAGUAAUCAUUCAUUUGGCGAGCAGCAUUUCACCCACUGAGAAAGAGGAUCCCCAUUAAUAAGGUCAGAUGAAUCCUAUGACACAGUUGUACUACAAGAAGGCGACAUAUUCGCCGUACCGCGACCGCAUUCCACUUCAGAUUGUCCGGGCUGAGGUGGAACUGUCUGCGGAGGAGCGGGCAUACCUCACAGCAGUAGAGAAAGGUGACUAUGCGGGAGUCAAACAUGCUCUCCGCGAGGCCGAAGUCUACUACAACAUGGACGUGAACUGCCUGGACCCGCUGGGCCGCAGCGCGCUCCUCAUCGCCAUUGAGAACGAGAACCUGGAGAUCAUGGAGCUCCUGCUCGAUCACGGCAUCCACACGGGUGAUGCCCUGCUGUACGCCAUCAGAAAGGAGGUGGUGGGCGCCGUUGAGCUGUUGCUGUCACACAGGCGACCCAGUGGUGAGAAGCAGGUUCCCUCACUGAUGAUGGACAGUCAGUUCUCAGAGUUCACGCCCGACAUAACUCCUAUCAUGCUUGCUGCUCACACCAACAACUACGAGAUCAUCAAGCUGCUUGUCCAGCGGAAGGUCACCAUCCCCAGACCACACCAGAUACGAUGUGACUGUGUUGAGUGUGUAUCCAGUUCAGAGGUUGACAGCCUUCGACAUUCACGGUCACGUCUCAACAUCUAUAAGGCUCUGGCCUCGCCUUCUCUUAUCGCACUGUCCAGUGAAGAUCCCAUCCUCACUGCCUUUAGACUGGGCUGGGAGCUCAAAGAACUCAGCAAGGUGGAGAAUGAAUUUCGCCAGGAAUACGAGGAGCUGUCGCAGCAGUGCAAACGUUUCGCCAAAGACCUUCUGGAUCAGGCUAGAAGUUCUAGAGAGCUGGAGACCAUCCUGAACCACAGAGACAAUGACCAGAGUGAGGAACUGGACCCCAGACAGUGCCACGACCUGGCCAAACUCAAACUCGCCAUAAAAUACCACCAAAAAGAGUUUGUGGCUCAGCCGAAUUGUCAGCAGCUGCUGGCCACGCUGUGGUACGAUGGCUUUCCAGGCUGGAGGCGACGACACUGGGUGGUCAAGCUAGUCACCUGCUUCAUCAUUGGACUCCUGUUUCCGGUCUUCUCACUGAUCUACCUGCUAGCUCCAAAGAGCACUCUUGGCCGCUUCAUUAAGAAGCCCUUCAUCAAGUUCAUCUGUCACACAGCGUCCUACCUGACCUUCCUUUUCCUCCUGCUACUAGCAUCGCAGCACAUUGCCCGCACCAACUUGCACAUGCAGGGCCCACCGCCCACCAUUGUGGAGUGGAUGAUUCUUCCGUGGGUGCUGGGCUUCAUCUGGGCAGAGAUCAAGGAGAUGUGGGAUGGAGGAUUCACAGAGUACAUCCAUGACUGGUGGAAUCUGAUGGACUUUGCCAUGAACUCCCUCUACCUGGCCACCAUAUCUCUGAAGAUAGUGGCAUACGUGAAGUAUAACUCCUCUCGCCCAAGGGAGGAGUGGGAAAUGUGGCACCCGACACUGAUAGCUGAGGCUCUGUUCGCCAUCGCCAACAUCUUUAGCUCACUCAGACUCAUCUCCCUCUUCACUGCCAACUCCCAUCUUGGGCCACUGCAGAUCUCGCUGGGGAGGAUGCUGCUGGACAUCCUCAAGUUUCUCUUCAUUUACUGUCUGGUCCUAUUGGCAUUUGCUAAUGGUCUGAACCAGCUGUACUUCUACUAUGAGACAAAGGCAUCAGAGGAACCCAACAACUGCAAGGGCAUUCGCUGUGAGAGACAGAACAACGCCUUCUCAACGUUAUUUGAGACUCUCCAGUCUCUGUUCUGGUCGAUAUUUGGACUGUUAAACUUGUACGUCACCACCGUGAAGGCCCGACACGAGUUCACUGAGUUUGUGGGGGCGACCAUGUUCGGGACGUACAACGUCAUCUCGCUGGUGGUUCUGCUCAACAUGCUGAUAGCCAUGAUGAACAACUCCUACCAGCUCAUUGCCGACCAUGCCGACAUCGAGUGGAAGUUUGCCCGCACCAAGCUGUGGAUGAGCUACUUCGACGAGGGCGGGACACUACCACCUCCGUUCAACAUCAUUCCGAGCCCCAAGUCCAUCUGGUACCUGCUCAUGUGGCUCCACAACAAGCUGUGCAAGAGAGGCCAGCCACCUGGGGAGGACACACACAAAUGUGAAAACCUCAGAGAGUUCACAGAGCGCCAUGCUGAUAGUCUGAUCCAGAAUCAACAUUACCAGGAGGUAAUCCGGAACCUGGUGAAGAGGUACGUGGCAGCCAUGAUACGAAGUGCCAAGACGGAUGAGGGCCUGACAGAGGAGAACUUUAAGGAAUUGAAGCAGGAUAUCUCCAGUUUCCGCUAUGAGGUCCUCGAUCUUCUCGGCAACCGGCGUCCUCCCCGACGCCACUACUCCUCAUCCAGUGAGACGACAAGAGACGAUGGUGCCAUGGCCUCUGAGGACGACAGUGAAUCAGUUGAUGGCAGUGGAACCCAGAGAUCAAAGAGCGUCAGUUUCCUGACUCCUGCAGAGGACGACGCAAGACCAACGCCAACACUUGGUGUGUCUGCACUGGUGCGCUCCAUUUCUGGGAUGACCCAGUUAGAAAGAGAGCAAGAGGGGGAGGGGGAGGAGCUGGAGGAAGGUAUUGGGUGGGGGGAAGGGGAGGAGGAGGAGGAGGGGAAACCAAAGAGCAACGGGCUGAAGACAACUGUCAUCCCUCCAUCCUCCACCACCGUUAUCCCCUCACCAUCGUCAUCAUUCUCCUCAUCAUUUGUUCGCACAAGGAACUGCCUGCAGCGGCUCUCAGCUCCCAAGACAAAGGCGGACUCAUUCAAGCGCCUCUCUUACCUGUUCUCCCGCUCCAAACGCAAAGCCCCCCCCCUGCCUCUUCCUCUCCAAUCUCCACCCUCCUACACCAUCUCAGAUGGGUUGCUUCGCCCUCUGGGGAGCCAUAGCCGCUCUGACUUCGGACUCAGUGGUGUGACCAGAAGCGAGACUUACCUGAACGAGGUGGGCCGCUCAGUCGGCAUCCCUACCCCGUCGUUCUCUCCUCGGAGAACUAAUGGGCGGGACACACUCCUAACAUUGCCCCUCCCUCCUCCAUGUCCCUGCCAAUCUCUGCAUUGUGCUUCCAAUAUGUCAGAGUCUAGCUCACGCCUCCUGGACUCCAGCGAGGAUGUUUUCCAGGGUGGAGGUGUGGGAGGAAUGAGUGAGGGCGAAGCAGUCAGAGGAGGGGAAAGAGGAUUAGGAGGAGUGAUGAUGAUGGGUGGGUGGGUGGGACCCUGUGAAGAUGUCAUAGAGGACAGCUGCGAGGUUAUAGAGGACUCCGUCACCACACAGCUAUAGGAGAGAAGGACUAUCAAACUGUUUUUGUUCAUUUUGGGGUUUGUUUUUUUUGCAAAAUUGCUUAAAACAUGCUGAGGCGGAGAGAACAUUGGGGAUCCAACAGAAUCUUGCAAGAGUGGGUUCUGAAAGUUCAAUAGUUGUUGUGGUAACGUCAGUGAAGAUAAGGGAAUCCUGAGUGGCAGAUGUUCAUGAAGACAGUUUGACAUCUAGUUUUCUGGGAAUGUUCAGGGGCUAGCUAACCCACAACCGACCCAGCUUUAGUUUAAGACUUAUUUAGACUUAAUUUAUCUGAAAUUACACAAUGCAUAGAGAUUGGUAGCAAGAUAAUGGCUGGGUAACUAAAUGAAGAAAAUAUAAAUACAUAACAGAAACAAAGUCUAUAUCACUAUGCAACUAAAUUACAAUGCAUAAAUUGCAUGCAUAAAAACCAUGUCAUUUCUGAAAACAGCCUUAAUGAAAAUUUAUUCUUUGGAGGUAGUGAAUACUUACAAGAGGCAGCAUAAAGCUACACUAUAGCCUGUGCUGUAACCUGAUGUGCAGCCCCAGAAGUAUAACUACAUGUCACAGCAACGCAGACCGCAACGGCUGUGGCUGAUCUGAAAUGCUUUUCAUUGUUCAUUCACCUCAGCGGACAUCGAAAAAUAAUAAUGCUUCCUUGUUUUAGCUGCCUGGCAUUUCUACAGUGGUCUAAAGUGGUGCAACAACAAUGCCAAAACACCAGCACACAGGUUUAAAUUCUUUCACCAGUAUAUCCUUCCACAGCAUAGGCUUCACAGAGUAUAAAACACAACAUAAGCCAAGCUUUAGCACACUUAUAAUCUGCCAAAAUGUAAAAGGUUUCACUGUAGGCAAUUUUCAGACUAACCUGGUGAAAUACAGGAAAAGAAAAUGAUAUGUUACUGUAAUAAAAAAAAAAAAAACACACUUUGAACUUCAGAUUGUGGCUCCAGACCCGUUAAAUUACAGUAGAAACUGUAGUUAUUAUUGAGGAGACAGGUACCACUAGAAUCACCUCAGAAGUUUCAUAACAUUGUCUGCGGGGCAAUUAUUAUGAAUCUGCAGAUUGCUUUUUAUUAUUUAUUUUCUGCCACAUUCCAUCAUGUGCAUAGUCAGGUCCAGACAGAGUGAUGCCAAACUGUCUUUAUUAAAUGUCUGUCAUUCUCGAUGCAUGACAAGAAUGCCACCAGAGAGUUCAGUGUUUUUUUCUUUUCUCUGGAAGAGUCAAACACGCUCGAUUACUGGAAUUACUCUGACUAUUUUCUUUAAACAGACUUUGAAUUGGAACAACAAUGGAAUUAAACCCUGCUCUGAAUUCGAGUGGAACUGCAGCUUUUAAUGGGACAAAUUCAAAAUUUAAAUUGCAAGUGGAAUAUCCUUCCCUUUAAGCCCGGAGUGAUGGAUUUAAAGUCGACCAAAUGGAUGAAAUGGAGCCAACUCUUUGCUGUUGUCAGUGGCCUGCGUCCUCUCUCUUUGCAUCAAAAAGGGCCAAGGAACUUUAUUUUAUGCUAAGAACAGUUAUACUAGUAAUAAUAAUAAGAGACAUAUAAUGGUAGUAGUAAUAAUAAUAAUAAUAAUAAUGACUAUUCUGGUUACUAAAGACUCUCUUUGCUUCUCUUUGAGUUGCCUAUGAUAUCCUAGCUUCUCAUUCAGCUCUUCCUUAAUACGUGCCUGGUGAAUUACAUGUGUGGUGAUUUAUUGUGAGGUGGACAGAUAAUGAAUGGAUGGAAAGUUGAAUGGAUGGAUGGAUGGAUGGAAGUAGGGAGAGAGGGAGAUAGAGAGGAAGGAAUGCUGGGUGUUUUCUAGAAGAUGGAGAUAAAGGGAGGACAGAAAGACCAAAGGAAGUAACAAGGAAGAUUUAAAGUUAGUAAGCGAGGAAAAGUGAAGAGACGAUUGCUCUCUGUCUGACUGGGAAAUCUAUUACAAAGGGGAAUUUCACCAGAAUUUCAUAAUAAUUUUAUUUAAUUUUUUCUUGAAGUCAGUGACUUCAAAAGGUUGGCAUGAGCAGAGGCUGUUGAACUUUACUCUGGUUAAUAUAUGAUUGUCAGAGGUAAAGUAGAGAAAUUAUGCAUGUUUGAUCAAAUGUUGUUCUGAAGUAAAACAGAAAAAAAAGAAAAAAAAAGGAAAACACAGAUACCUGCAACGCACACAUGUAAACACACAGAUCAGCCUGUGUGAUGGGUAGCUCGUGGCCAAAUGUUUUGCCCUUUGUCAGUCCUCAGCAGGAUGACGUCGCCUCUCCCUCCAUAUUUCUUUAUUAAUUUUAUCUGUUUUUGUCCUAUUUUUUUAUUUAUUUUAAAUAAAAAAAUCAGUAGACGACAUAACCUCACUACCAGCUGUCUCAGCUGCCUCAUAAAACAACAUUCCAAAAUGUCACAGGGUAUCCAUGGAGACCUGAUUACCCACUCAGCAUCCUGUAAUGAUAAUGUCACGUCCAGAGCAGAAAAGCUGUAAUGAUGCUGGGUAUCCAGCACUUAUUAGCUGGCUGGCUGGCUGCGGGGACACAGUACUUCAUGGUGACACUUUUUUUUAGUAUUUAACAAUCAAUUCCGUGUUGUUUCACAUCCCGACAACAAUAGAGAUGGGCAAAUGUGUAAAUGUGGAUGUGCCAACAUGAUAUGAUUUCUGUUGAGCUUGCACGUGCCAGGGGCCCGUUUCAGAAAGCUGGUUUUGUUGAAAAUUCUGACUCUGUUAACCCUGAAAACUCUGGCUUCUCCGUUUCAGAAAGAAACCCAGAGAGAGCAGGCUAACUGAAGCCUGUUUCAAACAGAGAGGUUAUUUAAUUAGUUGGUUACCAUGGUAACCGAGUCUGUGAACCUAAUCUUGUCAUUAGCAGGUUUUCUUCAGGGAACCUCAAAUUUCUCUCUGGCUCCACCCCCUGACAGAGUUUUAGUUCUGCAAUUAAUUUAUAAAAGAAAAAACAUUCAUCCAACGUAGUUCAACAAUACAAUUAGGUGGCGCCAGUACAAAACAGUUACCAUGUACCUUUCAGUUAUGAAAGGUACAAUGACAAAUUGGCAGCAUAUGGGAGGGUGAACAGGAGUUAAAUACUGCAGGAGCUUGAUAAGAUGAUGAGAUGCAGGUGUGAGAGUAGGUCAGGUGAGGAGCAGUAGGGGAAUGGUUGGAGAAUUAGAUCAACUAUGUCCAGCCUGAACAGACAGGGGAGACAGACAAAAACAGACACAGAACAUGAAAGGCAGGAAAACACCAGCAAAAACACAUGGUAAAAGACAAACCUGGCACAUCCUAACAGGUACUAACAGGUGCAUCAUUCAGAAAAAUUCUUUUAGAUGGUAUAUAAUACACUCACGAUUGUACUUAAUGAAGUGGCUAGUAAGUGUAUGUACAGAUAUACAUACAGCUUAUCCAUACAUCCCAUGUUCUGUUGGCACAGACACUCAUAUUACUCUUUGAUCUUUUAAAGCUGCAUGAAACAAUAUUUUGUUGAUUAAGAGCAAUAAUACAUUUCUUAUAAAAGUCAUUUCUCAUGAAAUAUUCUGGGACUACUUAUUUUAGCUUGACCUUUCAGCCUCUUUUAGCUCUUGUUUUCGAUUCAUUUCAGUGUAUCAAACCCUAGCGUUGUUGGUCUUCCUGGCUUAGGAAUGUACUGAGUGACUUUUCAGCCAAAGUACUUGUGACAUUUGUAUUUUAAAAGAUCACAGAGAAGAAAAACUAAAAAAUCCCAAUAGGUUUUUGUGUUAUGUUGUGUAACGAGUUAGGACCCAAAUGCAGGGCACAAGGCAGGCAUGUAAACUUACAAAAUCUGAAAUGGAAGUGCUGCAUGGUAGGCAGGUAAAAUACAAAACAAAUACAAAAACAUCCAAGUAAAAAGAGAAACAAAGAACAAAUUGAAUGGCAGGACUACACAGAUCAGGUGUAACAUUAUGACCACCUGCUGAAUAUUGUGUAGGUCUCCCUCAUGCCUUCAAAACAGUUCUGACGCAUCCUCCUGUGGUGUCUGGCAACAGCAUGUUAUUAGUGGGGGCUUU